CCGGCUUGGUGCCCUCCAUUGAGAUCCGGAGGAUCCAAGGACCAUGUAGCUACGAUGUUGUCAAGACUUUUCCAUAUGCAUGGCCUCUUCGUGGCCUCCCAUCCCCGGGAAGUUAUUGUGGGGACAGUGACGUUCACCAUCUGUAUGAUGUCCAUGAACAUGUUUACUGGCAACAACAAGAUCUGUGGUUGGAAUUAUGAGUGCCCCAAAUUUGAAGAGGAUGUAUUGAGCAGUGACAUCAUCAUCCUCACCAUAACACGGUGCAUCGCCAUCCUGUACAUUUACUUCCAGUUCCAGAACUUACGUCAACUUGGGUCAAAAUAUAUUUUGGGUAUCACUGGCCUGUUCACAAUCUUCUCCAGUUUUGUCUUUAGUAAGGUUGUCGUUCACUUCUUAGACAAAGAGCUGACAGGCUUGAAUGAAGCUUUGCCCUUUUUCCUGCUUUUGAUUGACCUUUCAAGAGCGAGCACACUAGCCAAGUUUGCCCUAAGUUCAAACUCACAGGAUGAAGUAAGGGAAAAUAUAGCUCGUGGAAUGGCAGUUCUGGGUCCCACAUUCACCCUUGAUGCUCUUGUGGAAUGUCUUGUAAUUGGAGUUGGCACCAUGUCAGGGGUGCAGCAGCUGGAAAUCAUGUGCUGCUUUGGCUGCAUGUCUGUGCUUGCCAACUACUUCAUGUUCAUGACCUUUUUUUCCCAGCUUGUGUGUCCCUGGUCCUAGAGCUUUCUCGGGAGAGCUGAGAGGGUCGUCCAAUUUGGCAGCUCAGCCAUUUUGCCCCAGUUUUGGAAGAAGAAGAGAAUAAGCCAAACCCUGUAACCCAAAGGGUCAAGAU